AUGGGGGCCAGCAAGGGCACCCACAACCCCAGCACCAGCAUCAAGGCUGGCAGCACUCCCAGCCGCACCCCCAACAUCAGCAGCAGCAGCAGCAGCAGCAGCAGCAGCAGCCGCCGCCGCCCAAUGCUGGCGGUGAGACCCAACAACGCCACCCUCAUGCAAGCGGCUCAAAGCAGCCGCAGAGUGCGGAGGGACAGGAUGGUCAGGCGCAAGAUGUCCAAACUGCUGCCGAAGUAUCUGAAUCUUUUGUGGGGCAGCGGACAGGAUGAGGACGAGGGUGGAGAUGAUGACGAGGUGCUCUGGUGGCUGUAUGUUUGGUACAUCAGAGGCCUGGCGCUGGCUGCCUGCGCUCAGGAAGUUGAUGCCGUCCCGGAGCCAAAGAAGCUCCCGGAGAAGGCCUCAGCGUCCCAGAAGAAGCUAUCCGCGGAGAAGGCCGCAGCUGCAAAGCAGCAGCAGCUGAGAGAAGAGGAGGAGAAGAAGAUGGAAGAAGCCCGCAGAGAGGAAGAAAGGAAGAAGCUGGAAAUGGAACGAAAAACCAAGGAAAUGAUGAAGUCGCUACCGCCGAUUCCUGAGGACGGUCAUGCAAACCAUCGCAGCUGGGAGGCACAGCUGUCAUCCAGCGAUGUGAAACACGAGCUCGAAGCCAGUCGCGAGAUGGAUUCUUUGCGGUCCAAGCAGCAUGCGGAUCCCGGGUCCCUACUCGCAAAGGAGAUGCGGGGUGCCUUUCUGACCUUCCUGGGCCCUGAGGGCCCGCCGCACCACCUCGCCUCCGCCAGCGCACGUGCAAGCGCGAGGGAGGAGGCAGACAUGGCUCAUCACCAGAGUUGGGAGUCCAAGCUUACGGCUGAAGACAUGAAAAACCAGAUGAUCUCAAGUCGUGAGAGCGACUCCCUGGCAUCCGACGCAGCGAAUGGGAGCGGUGACGGAAGUAACGGUGGCAAUGGUGGCCUAAACGGAGGCAAAGGAGAUGGGAAGGACACCGAUGUGAACGCGACGGAUGCCAAGGACAAAGUCGAACUCGGCGCCGCGGGUUCAGGCACCUUGCUUCCGUUGAUUCAGCAGGUGGGCCAGUCUAUCGGCUUGAAUGACUUCCUCAAGAACAACGUCGAGAGCUUCAACCUGGCUUUCAGACAAUCUCCGUUUCCCAAGUUCUUCUGUGGAAAGGAGGGCGAAACCACGCGGGAGCUGCCAGAGAAUGAUCAUCCAGCUCUCCGAUUCGCCGCCCCUGUUCAGAAUGUCAGCAUUGAGCUCACGAACCUCGGCAAGCUUGGCAAAGGGCCCAAGGAGGUGGUGUGGGACGCGGAGUUUGCAGCCCGCAAGCCAAUCUCUGCCAUUUCAGGAAGAAUGGCCCCCGUCGGCGGCUCGAAGCGCCGCUUCAAGCCACCUUGCUUUCCUGCCAAGACAAAGUACCGGAUGGAACUGCGAGUGCUCGCUGAGGAUCCAGAGCAAGGUGCUGAAGGUGCUGGACAGCCGCGGCGCAGAAGGGGACCUGACCGCAGCAUCGAUGAAGUGGCUGAGUUUGAGGUUCAACUACUCGACAGGAAUGAUCCCUUGAUGCAAGAGAGGCUCAAGGACGCUGAGGCGCACUACAGCGGCCUUGCGCGCUCUGGUGACUCAGGGCUCGCCAACACAGUCGCUUCGCCUUCCAAUCAGGACAAGCUGGGCAAGAUGCUCAAGGAGCUGACGAAGUUUGAGAAGUUGGGCCCAUACGUGUCUGCAUCACCUGCCCAAGUGGCCAUGCUGGCACCAAGAAGAAGGCAACUGCUUCCUCGCGGAGCUGCUGCACAGCGCUCUUAUGUGCAUUUUCUCUAA